UCGUUGGUCACAGUAACAUAGUAUGACAUCCUAGCUCGGCAGUUGAAUUUCGAAACUCGACUGUGCUGGAUCGGGACGUUUCGCUCGCUGUUUUCCGUAGUCUUUACAUCUUCAGCAUUUUUUCGCGAAAAGUCGUGCAUUUAUUUACAUUUUCACCUUCUCUUCGUUUACUUUCACAAUGCAUAUCUUGUGCACGCAAACACUUCCGUUGCCAGAGGUAUCGAACAUGUUUUAUCCGUUCAACACUAGUCUCGAAGAGGAAAUCAAGAGAUUGUUUUCCAAUUUCACAAUCGAAACUCCAAACUCGUCACUUCCAGAUGUUGACGAAGUAAUGGAAGAGUUCCGUCAAAAUGGGCGUGAUUUCGAAUACUGUCCAGAUCUGGACAAUUUUACGGUGCCAGAAAUACCACGCCGCAAGAAAAAUAAGAAACCUCUACCUACAGAAUGCGUUUUCUGUAGAAACAACGGUGAAGAGGAAGCUUAUUACAGGAAACACUUGUUGAAAGAUGCCGAAGGUCGUGUUUCUUGUCCGGUUUUGAGGGCCUAUACAUGUCCAAUUUGUGGUGCGUACGGAGACGUGGCUCAUACGGUUAAGUAUUGCCCGAAGAGCCAGAAGCCUGGAACAUUAGCGACGGUGAACACGUUCAAGCUAUUGAGAAACUCCAUGGGCAAACGACGCGUCAAGUAAACCACACGUGACACUCGAACACACAUGUCACCAUCGUCGUGCCAUAAAACAUCGAAGUAUUUAACUACUUUUCCUCGAGGACUUCGAAGAACAGAUGCUUCGAACUUUUCAAGCGUUUCGAUAUAUCAUCUGCUGACAGGUAAUCUCACCAUUGUCGCAUCUUUCCAAAAUAAGCAACGAAAUAAAGUGCCUUACAAGAGUAUGCGUUCUAAUUUCUAGCAACGAUUUGUGUAACAAAGUUGCCAUUACGUUGAUCUAUCGCGGUGGAAGUUUGUUUUACAUUUCUUUCACUCGAUUAUCUUUGUUCUUCUCUUUCUUACAUUGUAUUUACUUCUUCCUAUUUGUGUAACGUGGCACGUAGUGAAAAGGAAACGUAAAAUAAACCUCGAAAUUUCUAGAAAAAGCGAAGACCGUUCUUGUAACACGAAUCGUCUAUACAAUCGGGAGGCUGUAUCCAAAGAUCUUAUUGUUAGUUGUAGAAAUUAUACGAAACGUUGUGCCAUAUAUUCUCGUCAAACGUGUCGUUUUAGCUCUUCCUUGCAAUAUUGCGAACAAAUAUUCAUUCGUAUAUAUAUAUCGAAUAUACGUAGUUUUUCCAUUUUUCUCGAGCCAGCACUUGAUACUAUAAAUAUAUUUUUUAAAUUCAUAUACGUUUAUCGCAUUUGCGUAACGUCCACGAACACCCAUAUCCCUUAACAUUAAUCUUCAACAGAGUUUUACGCCGAUGUAAGAACGAAUUGAAUUCGAUUUAUUGAAACGAAUAUGUACUGUGAUAAUGUGAAUAAGAAGACUAACAAUUUUUACACGACAGCCAGAUGUAUGACGUUGUUCAAAAUCAAGGACAACGUACUGAUUCUCUAUAAGCCGUUUAACAAAAGCAAAUCACGUUUUCCAAUCUUAAAUGCUUCGAGCCAGGAUUCUUUUUUUAUCGAGACACGUCAAUGGACAGAGAGAACUAUACUUAUUUGAUCUGAAAUGAAACAAAGCAACUCUUACAUGAUAUUGCGACUUGAAAGCUUUUACGCAGUUUUAUUUAUCAAUAUUAAAUGUAACAUGGAGAUUGCGUUUGUAUUGUAUUAACGGUUAACCAAAAUCAUAAGAGGAAAGUUUUUCUUUUGAAGGUUAGCUUUUCUUAAACGACCGACGAGAGGGACCAAUGAAAUAAAGUUCCUUUUAAAGUGUAUACUUGAUCGUUCCAUAACAAUUAAGUAGGUACGUAGAAUAUAUACAAAAGUUUGCAGCUCGUACAUUAUACUUUUAAUUUACCAGACUUCUUUCAUGACGCUCGUCAUUUUCGAACAAUGAUCGAAAUAAUUAAAAAGUGAAAUCACGCAUGGUCUCUAGAUAUGUUUAUGGAUGUUUAGUUACUUUGAUGAAACCGACGAACUUGCAAAGCCUCUCGUUCCUGUGUCUUGACUGUGAGUCUCGUCGAAGGUCACCGAAACGAGAAUACCAGCGAUUAGUCGUGAUGUUUACAUUCUUUUGAUCGGUACUUCGAUAACUGACGGUCAGAUUCGUGGCUCUUUCCAGGCAGUGGCUUUUUUGUUCGCCGUUUCGCCGAUCUUUCUCAGUGCGCGUAUUUCACUUUGGACAUCCGUCACACGUUCGUCGAAACGUACCAAGUCGAAUGAGACAAGUACGUAUCGUUCUGUCAUAUUAACUCUGAAUGUAUACGAACGACAUUUUACCGCGCUAUUUCGCUGCGAUCAUAUAUCUGUCUUUAUUGUUCUUAAUAAGAAAACAAAGAAAGAAGACACAUAGUCGCAGAGAGAUCGCGCAGUAAAAUAUCGCUCUCAUGCAUUCAGGAUUAACACAGAUGAACGAGCGGGUGAAUGCAUUGGUUUCUCUGCAGCGAGUUUGCUUUUGUAGUUUUGGAAAUAUUUUUGAAUUAGAUUAAGCGAUAAUAUUGAACCUUUAGUAUAUUCUUUAUACUUUAUUUGGUAAAUUUAUUUAUUUUCGAGUGGUCGAAAAAUUUUUCUUUUGCGUAUUUUCAUAUCUAGUGACGAGUAGAUUUAAGGUUAAUUUUCACAGGGGAUUUCGAAUACAGUUUGUCGUUUGGCGAUAGCAUUUAACGAAACUAUUUAAGGAAAGAUGAGAAAAUAAUUGUUUUCCGGAAUACUUUAUGGACAGAUUUCACAAUUAAUAAUCAAACAGUUGCACAGUUUUAUGUGAAGGUAUCGGCUCAUCAUAUUGGAGAUUAUGUCUGAGGAGACGUAACCUAUUGGGCGGUUUUGAAAUCGUAUAAGAAUUGUUUCAUGCAAUUUAAUAGUACUUCAGAUUUUCUUGUGAUACUUGUUUGUGCGCGCAACAAGAUAGGGGAGGAGAAGCCGUCACUCCUGCUCUCUGUAGUGUUGCAUUGCUCAAGUAUUUCCUCUAUGUAAGGUCGAAUUCCGUGUCGUAACUUUUAAUCGAAAUUUCGGGGAGUUUGUUGAUAUGGAUAGAACAAUGAGUUUAUAGAUAUGUGUACAUUAAUUAGAUUUCUAUUACAGAGUCUUUUAUGUUCAAGUUCCUAUUAUAUAGUAAUUAUUGGUAUUUACGUGUUAGGAUAUUAUUAUCUAUCGAAUAAGAAUUACAAUAUUACUCCUGGAGAUACAUUAUGAUUGCCGAAUACUUUUGUACCAUAGAUUGACUGUAUUCAAGGGGAGAGAGACUUAACAACUUCUAAGAACGAGACCAAAACGAUGGCUCGUGUAUUUUAUUGUCUUUUUUUUGUUCUCCUAAUGGGUAAACUAAAGAUCCCAAAUCUAGGGAAUUACUUUGUUUUGUUAUUUUUGUUACAUUUCUAUAGUUUUUGAAUCUUUUUCCCUAUGUGGAAUUUAUUAAUGUUAAGUAAAAUUAAUGUUAUAAAAAAUUAAGGGUCGAUCCAUAGACUGCUGUUUCUAUAUUUGCCGUAAGAUAUGAAUUGUUUAUAAAGAUAUUGUAUUUCUAAUAUUUAUAUAACUACUAACAUAAUAAUAUAUACAUAAAUACUAGUUGUAAUUAAGUAUUAUCUAUUGAUAAUGAUGUAUAGCAGUCCAAAGAGAUAAUAAAUGCGAGGAAUAAUCGAAAGAAUUUUUUACUCUGCUGAUAUAUCGUAAAUUAUAACGUGACUUGCGACUUUCUUUUUAUAGUAUAUAUAAAAACAAUGCGCGAAAUAAUUAAAGAAGGAAGCCAUGUUGCGUUUACUAUGUGCACUGUCGCUGGCGUUAUACGUAUAGUACGUAUAGUAGAUGAUUCACAAUAAAACGCGAGAUGACGUUACAGUAAUCUGAUGCCAGUGUGGUUUACGAUUAUGAGCGGCAGGUGAUAACGUAGUAAUAGCAGCCAGAACAGAGCCCUAAAGAGUACAGAGAAGGUAGCUAAUUCCGAUGGUUAUUACGCUGUAAUAUUCCUUACUCGUUCCACAUUCCGUUUAUCUCUGAUAUAUCUCAACACUAUUCCUGAUAAUCCAACAAAAAUUGUACAAAUGUUAAUUUCCGCGCGAUUAUUCUCCGAUCGCAUGAUCACUCCUUUGUCAAGCAUAUUAUGUAUUAUAUGGCGAGCGAUUGAAUGUGGCGAAAUUUUUUAGAAUCUCCACGAACACACGAGAGAAAGAAGCGAAUGCUAAUUUUGUAAGAUGAUCAAUAGUACGGUGAAUGCUUAUUUAUUUUGAAUUUAUUUUGAUGCGAAUGAAACAAAGGACAUGUCAUAUUUUAAUUUAGUUUCGAUCUUUUCACAACGAUGCGCUCGCCAUUUCUGCAUUGUAAUUUUACGGUAUAGUUUGCGUACUGCCGUCAUGAUAUAUUAUAUAUGUUUGCAUCUCAUCAUUUUUCUUAUCAUUAAUGUUAUUUGUACUACUAUAUUAUUAAUAUUAUGUUAUUGGCGUGACAUUAUUUAAGUGUAUGUAGUCUGAUAAUUUGUAUCAUGAUUAUUGAUGUUUAUUAAAGAAUACUGCAAUUUAAA